CUCCCAGCACCACCGUCAGCCCCGCGCGUUCAGCAGCGACCAGCAAAGCUACCAGCAAGGGAAGCAGCAAGGCGGGCGACCCGCCGUCCGUUUGGAGCCGGCUGCUGCUGCGCGUGGACGGGCUGCUGCUCGCCAAGGCGCUCAACGCGGGGCAGGCGCAGGCGCUUAGAGGGCUCGCUGCCGCCAGGGACGCCCGCGCUGCUGACUUGUACGCUGACGUGGAGCCGCUGGAGGACGCGCAGGUGGUGCGCGCGCUGCUGCGACUCAUUGACGGCAGCAACAGGACACUGCACGUGGUGCAUGUGUGCACGGAGCUCGCGCUGGUGGCGCAGGCGGGGUCGCUAGCCACGUGGAUGGCGGGGCUGUGCCGCGCACUCAGGAAGAAGGGCCACCUGGUGGAGGUCGUUCUGCCACUGUAUUCAAGUGUGGACACGAGUGCCAUUGAGGACUUCAGAGAGGCGCCGGGCGAGAUCAUGUCGUUCUUUGACAACAAGUGGCACAAGAAUAAGAUCUACACUGGCACGGUGCACGGGGUGCCAGUGACGUUCGUCCACCCGCUGCACCCAGCAGCCUUCUUCCAGAGGGACCACCUUUACGACUACGAGGAUGACUUUGAGCGGUUCACCUACUUCACGCGGGCAGCGCUGGAGUACGUGCAGCAGCAGGGCAAGCAGCCGGACGUGCUGCACCUGCACAACUGGCACACGGCGGUGGGCGCACCGCUGUUCUGGGACAUCUACCACCACCAGGGCAUGCCCGACACCCGCAUCCUCUUCACCUGCCAUGACGCCCGCUUCCAGAACGCCCAGCCAGCGGGCAAGCUGGCGCUGGUGGGGCUGGACCCGUCGCAGCUGAACCGCCCUGACCGACUGCAGGACAACCGCGACCCCGCCCUCGUGAACCUGCUCAAGGGCGGCAUAGUGUAUUCCAACAAGGUAACAACGGUGUCGCCCACAUAUGCCAGUGACAUGAAGACUCGUGAGCUCGGCUGCGGCCUCGAUGGCACCGUCGCCAUCCACAGCCAGAAGUUCGCUGGCCUACCCUCCGGACUCGACCAAUCCACAUGGGACCCAACCCGGGACCUCUCACUCCCCGUGCCGAUCACAGCCUCGGAUCCCAUGCCUGGCAAGGCCGUGGCUCGGGCGGAGGUUCGGAAGAGGCUCGGGCUGCCAGUGAUAGACUCGGCAUCGGGGUUGGAGAGGGCAGUGGUGGCAUAUGUGUCACCGCAGAUAGGCGAGGCGGAUGUGGAGCUCAUCAAGGGGGCGCUCUCGUGCUCCCUCGCCUACCAGGCCCAGUUUGUGCUGGUGGGGGCAGCACGGUCGCCCAAGGUGCAGAUGGCCCUCGAGGAGCUGCAGAGGGUGCAGCAGGACCGCAACGCACACCUGGAGAUCGUGUAUGAGGAAGAUUUGGUGCAUCUGGUGGUGGCGGCGGCACACGUGCUGCUCUGCCCGCCCCUCCGCGACCCCUCCUCACACUUGCCGCUGGUGGGGGCGCGAUACGGGGCCGUGCCUGUGGCCCGGCAACUGAUGGGAUCACCAGACAGCCUAGUGGACGUGGAUGACCCGCGCCGCGGUGCCACGGAGGGAACGGGUUUCUUCUAUGCCUCGGACAAACCGGCUGACGCUGUCAUUGCCCUCACCCGUGCCCUCAAGCUCCUCAAGGCCGAUCAGCAACGGUGGGAAACAAUCACCAAGACAGCAAUUAGUCGUCGUGGCACCUCUGCUGCUAUGAUCCGAUUCAUUCUCCUCCAAAAUCGGCAGGGAAAGACACGCCUGGCGAAGUAUUAUGUUCCGCUAGAGGACUCCGAGAAGCACAAGCUCGAAUUUGAGGUUCACCGGCUGGUGGUUCAUCGCGAGCCCAAGUUCACAAACUUUGUCGAGUUCCGCACGUACAAGGUGAUCUACCGGCGCUAUGCGGGCCUCUUCUUCUCCCUGUGCGUUGACCUCACGGACAACGAGCUGGCGUACCUCGAGAGCAUCCAUCUCUUUGUGGAGAUCCUAGAUCACUUCUUCAGCAACGUCUGCGAGCUUGACCUGGUCUUUAAUUUUCACAAGGUUUACCUUAUCCUUGAUGAGUUUGUUCUUGCGGGCGAGCUUCAAGAAACAAGCAAAAAGGUCAUUAUUGAAAGAAUGGCAGAACUGGAGAAGGCAGACGUUCUCCAGCCGGAGCUGGAGGUAACCAGCCCCGCGUUCGGCGCUGACAAGGGAUGUAGCGUCGAGGAGUUCACCGAUCUGAGUUUACGUGAGGAAGAAGGUGACUGUAGCGAUCCUGCUCGUGACUAUACCGAGAGGCACAUGGCGUUUUCAGAAGGCACGGCGGGUGUCACGUUAUCGAGCACGAAGCGCGCGCGCAACGAGCGGGACAGCGAAGGGAUGUGGAAGGCAGCCAAGCGACGAUGCGUGGCCUUCGAUUGUGUCACGCUUCCCCAUCUUCCUUCAUUAGGGGAGCCUCGGAUUCAGCCAGACGUGCGGAAACCAGAUGCCCACACGUCUUCACCAGCAUUAGAACCGACGAGGCGAAGCACCACGAGCGAAUCUCCCAGCCCAGUAUCUCGCCCUCAAGCAAUGCCUCCCACAAGCCCGCUCCCAUGUCCCACAGCUAGCGAUCUCCCAGUUCUCUCAUGUCCUUUAACGCGCUUCAAGCGGCAGCGGCCGCCGACAAUAGAUAUCCCGCGUAAGGGCUGCUUCACGUCGUCGCCGGCCGGCACGCCGGAUUCGGCGGCGGAGGAUGCGCUGGACGGCGUGGUGGAGGUGGCGGAGAGCGGCUCGUGCUUCGCCGUGGCGUGCAAGCGCGGGCGCAAGGCAGUGAUGGAGGACACGUACCAGGCGCUUAUUGGGUUCGCCGGGCGCGAGAGCGAUGCGUUCUUCGGGGUGUUUGACGGGCACGGCGGCACAUCAGCCGCCAAGUUCGCGGCGUCCGAGCUGGCGAGCCACGUGGCGCAGGCAGCCGCGCACAAAGGCGCGCACGCGAGUGAGGCGGCGCUGGUGGAGGGGUACCUGGAGGCGGACAGGCACUUUCUGGAGCAGAACGUCGCCAGUGGCACCAGUUGCCUCACCUGCUGGGCGACGUCUGGGCGGCUUUUGCUGGCGCAUGCGGGGGAUUGCAAGGCGGUACUGGUGAAGGGGGGGAGAGCGGUGGCGUUGACAGAAGACCACCGGGCGGGCAGGGAAGACGAGCAGGCCCGCAUCACUGCCCUGGGUGGCUUUGUGGACACAGCCACGGGCAUGCCGCGUGUGCAGGGCAUCCUGGCAGUGACGAGGGGCAUAGGCGACGCGCACUUGAAGGCGUUCAUCACGCCGCAGCCGGACGUGGCGCAGGUGCGCGUGGGGGCGGACUGCAGCGCUCUCAUCCUGGCCUCUGACGGGCUCUGGGACGUGGUGGCGCCGCAAGACGCUGCUGACGUGGUCGCAGCUUGUGUCGGUGCAGCGGUGGAGGCACGGGCAGCAGCGGGGGAAGCGCAGGCGGCAGCGGGGGAAGUAGGAGCAGCAGCAUCUGCAUUGCUGGGACCUGCCCCCUUCCCGCCGAGCAAACGGGCGCGCACGCAGCGCACACAGGGCUGUGGAGGUGGUGGGAGGAGAGGGAGUGAGGGGGUGACACGAGGGGUGGAUGGGGAGGUGCUGCUGAGUGCAUGCCAGGCAUUGGUUGGCAUGGCAGCAGCACGGGGGAGUAGGGAUGAUAUCACUGUCAUGCUUGUGUCUCUUGCCCCCUUUGCUGAGUCAGCAGGAUCAUAG